AUGGAAGUUGAAUUCUUGGUUAACAGGACAGAUGCUGCUUUUAACCUUUGUACUGCAUCACUGAAUGCAUAUGAUGUAACAAAAGCUGUUACUUCAUAUAUAUUAUGUAUUUUUGUUGCAGCUUUAGUGGUUCUUACAAUGUGUGGAAACCUGCUUGUAAUUAUGUCCAUCAUUUACUUCAAACAGCUCCACACUCCAACAAACUAUCUGGUCCUCUCUCUGGCUGUGUCUGAUCUGCUUGUUGGAGCUGUUGUUUUGCCUUUUAGCACAAUCCUGUUUCUUAACCCAUGUUUUCCUCUGCAAGAUAUACUUUGCAAGAUACGUGGCGGCUUUGACGUCAUGCUGUGCACAUCUUCAAUGCUGAACUUGUGCUUUAUUUCUGUUGACAGAUAUUAUGCGGUGUGUCAGCCUCUGAAGUACAAAACCAAGAUAAAUGUUCAUGUCAUUAUUAUCAUGAUCUUAGUCACCUGGACGGUUUCUCUUGUUAAUGCAAUAAGUAUAACUCUUCGUGCACAAUCUCAAAAAACAUGUCCUUUGUUCCAAAACUCAAAUUCCACAAUUAUAGGAGCCUUUUUAGCAUUUUACAUUCCAGUUAUCAUCAUGUUUUACAUUUACAUGAAGAUUUUCCUUGUUGCUCUGAAACAGGCACGAAGCAUCCAGAACACAAAGUCUGGAGCAACUGCCAGUAAGAUGGAGAGAAAAGCCACCAAAUCUCUGGUUAUAGUAAUGGGAGUGUUUCUUAUUUCUUGGACUCCUUUUAUUCUGUGUAUUACCAUUUCACCUUUAAAUUAUUCUUUAGUUCCAAAAGCUGUGAUAGAAACAUUUAAAUGGUUUGGGUGGUCAAACUCAAUGUUCAAUCCAUUAAUUUAUGCUUUCUUUUACAGCUGGUACAGAUCUGCUUUUAGAAUGAUUCUUACUGGGAAAAUAUUUCAAGGUGAUUUUGCAAAUGCAAAACUCACUUGA